AUGGGGCGAAGGAAAUCAAUUAAACUUUCGAAUAUGGCAACAGAAGACUUGAAUGAUGAUGAUCGAAUAAGUCGUCUUCAUGAUGAUCUUAUUCAUCAUAUCUAUUCAUUCAUGGACACUCGAUAUGCAGUUCAAACUAGUCUUUUAUCAAGAAGAUGGAGAGAAACAUGGAAAUCCUACCCCUUUCUCAACUUCAAAAUCGAACGCCCAAUUCAUCACAAAACAGGUAUCAAAUUCCCCAAUUUCAUCCACCGAUUUUUCUCAAAUCGUGAUCACAAAGCAGAAAUCACCACAAUUGACUUCCAAUCAAAUUCCAUCAAGCUUUCAAUUCUCAAAGAAACAAUAAUCUAUGCAAUGUCACACAGAACCCAAAAGGUAGACAUUGAGUUCUUGAGUAAUAAACUAACAAGACAUGGUGGAUUGGAUAUAUCUUUGUUUAGAUCUCAAUUCCUUCAAGAUCUUCAUUUGAGUAUCGAUUUUGAGCUCUUGAAAUCUCCAUCUUUGACUUGGGAUUUACCUUGUUUGAGUAGCUUGAAUCUUGAAGGUGUUACAUUUACACUUAAUCCUCUUUCUCCUACUGAUAAUAAGUGUAAAUCCAUUGAUUUGUUUUCCCGUUUUCCAAAUCUAAAAACUCUUGUUUUAAUCGGUUGUCGAUUAUCAAACAUUGAUACUUUCAUCAUCACAUCAAAUUCAUUACACAAUCUGAGUCUUAUAGAUCUAAAUCACAAUUCUGAGUUUAUACUCUCAACACCAAAUCUCUCAUCUUUCACUUACUAUGGUAUGGCCCGCUUUUCAUUAUCAGCCAAUGAUCUUGACUUGUUACAAACAGUAAACUUUCACACAAUAUAUUAUAGAGCUCUUCAGAAGCAACCAGAGCUUGUUGAAUUGAUGAUCAAGGCUUUCAAACAGCUUCAUAAGGCGAAGUUUCUUGCUAUAAAUUCAGAUGUUGUGAGGCUUCUUUCGGGGUUCCCUGAAGUAGUUGAAAGAAGAAGAAGAUGCCCUUUUAUGAGUUUGACUAGUUUGACUUUGGUUGAACAUCGAUUGCCUCCUUCAUCGAUUGUGUUUUCUGAUGUUAUUGAUUAUUUUCGUAGAAGUUCUCCAGGUGUUAAAGUUAAUGUUGAAAUUGGUGUAGCAGCUUCAUGGAAGAUUCGUUGGAUUGACUGUUUGUAG